UGAUGGACUCAACAGGCAGUAACAGUGAAUGGUGUGAGAACUGAGCUGCUGGGGGAGGAGGAACAGCAGGGAAUAUGGGAAUUGGGAGAACCUUUAGCAGUUCACACUGUGCUAUCUGCCUUCCUCAUUUGUGUGUUUUCUGAGUCAGCAUUAGCUAAAUUUUCCAGAAGACCAUCCACAAAGUACAGCCUGGGCGUUCAAGGGACGUCACUCAUUUCCCCCAGUGACCUUGACAAGUCAGAAGCUUGAAAGCAGGGAAAUCCGGAUGUCUCGGUUAUGAAGUGGAGCAGUGAGCGUGAGCCUCAGCAUAGUUCCAGAACUCUCCAUCCAGACUAGUGAUUGAGCAUCUGCCUCUCAUACCACCAGUGGCCAUCUGAGGUGUUUCCCUGGCUCUGAAGGGGUAGGCACGAUGGCCAGGUGCUUCACCCUGGUGUUGCUUCUCGCUUCCAUCUGGACCACGAGGCUCCUGGUCCAAGGCUCUUUGCAUGCAGAAGAGCUUUCCAUCCAGGUGUCAUGCAGAAUUAUGGGGAUCACCCUUGUGAGCAAAAAAGCAAACCCGCAGCUGAAUUUCACAGAAGCUAAGGAGGCCUGUAGGCUGCUGGGACUAACUCUGGCCAGCAAAGACCAAGUUGAAACAGCCUGGAAGGCUAGCUUCGAGACUUGCAGCUAUGGCUGGGUUGGAGAUGGAUUCGUGGUCAUCUCUAGGAUUAGCCCAAAUCCCAAGUGUGGGAAAAAUGGGGUGAGCGUCCUGAUUUGGAAAGUUGCAGUGAACCGACAGUUUGCAGCCUAUUGUUACAACUCAUCUGAUACUUGGACUAACUCGUGCAUUCCAGAAAUUAUCACCACCAAAGAUCCCAUAUUCAACACUCAAACUGCAACACACACAACAGAAUUUAUUGUCAGUGACAGUACCUACUCGGUGACGUCCCCUUACUCUACAACACCUGCCCCUACUACUACUCCUGCUCCAGCUUCCACUUCUAUUCCACGGAGAAAAAAAUUGAUUUGCAUUACAGAAGUUUUUAUGGAAACUAGCACCAUGUCUACAGAAACUGAACCAUUUGUUGAAAAUAAAGCAGCAUUCAAGAAUGAAGCUGCUGGGUUUGGAGGUGUCCCCACGGCUCUGCUAGUGCUUGCUCUCCUCUUUUUUGGUGCUGCAGCUGGUCUUGGAUUUUGCUAUGUCAAAAGGUAUGUGAAGGCCUUCCCUUUUACAAACAAGAAUCAGCAGAAGGAAAUGAUUGAAACCAAAGUAGUAAAGGAGGAGAAGACCGAUGAUAUCAACCCUAAUGAAGAAUCAAAGAAAACAGAUAAAAACCCAGAAGAGCCCAAGAGCCCAAGCAAAACUACCGUGCGAUGCCUGGAAGCUGAAGUUUAGAUGAGACAGACAUGAGGAGACACACCUGAGGCUGGUUUCUUUCACGAUCCUCACCCUGCCCCAGCUGAGGAAAUCAAAAGGGCCAAAGAACCAAAGAAGAAAGUCCACCCUUGGUUCCUUACUGGAAUCAGCUCAGGACUGCCGUUGGACUAUGGAGUGCACCAAAGAGAAUGCCCUACUUCUUAUUGCAACCCUGUCUGGAUCCUAUCCUCCUACCUCCAAAGCUUCCCAUGGCCUUUCUAGCCUGGCUAUGUCCUAAUAAUAUCCCACUGGGAGAAAGGAAUUUUGCAAAGCGCAAGGACCUAAAACAUCUCAUCAGUAUCCAGCGGUAAAAGGGCUUCCCGGCUGCCUGAGGCUAGGUGGGUUGAAAACCAAGGGGUCACUGAGACCAAGGCUUUCUCUACUGAUUCCACAGCUCAGACCCGUUCUUCAGCUCUGAAAGAGAAACACGUAUCCCACCUGGCAUGUCCUUCUGAGCCCAGUAAGAGCAAAAGAAUGACAGAAAAGUUUAGGUCCUGAAGGCCAUGGAGAUUCUCAUAACUUGAGACCUAAUCUCUGUAAAGCCAAAAUAAAGAAAGAAAUACAACAAGGCUGAGGAAACCGACAGAACACUGUCACCAGGGACUGUAAACACAGACAGGGUCAAAGUGUUCUUCUCUGAACACACUGAGUUGGAAUCACUGUUUAGAACACACACACUUACUUUUUCUGGUCUCUACCACUGCUGAUACUUUCUCUAGGAAAUAUACUUUUAUAAGUAAUGAAAAUAAAAAUUUUUAUAAAUUUCUAUUUUUAUCUGAGUUACAGAAAUGAUUACUGAGGAAAAUUACUCAGUAAUUUGUUUAAAAAGUAAUAAAAUUCAAAAACAUUUGCUGAAUAGCUACUAUAUGUCAAGUGCUGUGCAAGGUAUUACACUCUGUAAUUGAAUAUUAUUCAUCAAAAAAUUGCAUAUAGUAGAAUGCUAUCUGGGAAGCUAUUGUUUUUUUCAGUUUUGAUAUCCCUAGCUUAUCUACUUCCAAACUAAUUUUUACUUUUGCUGAGGCUAAUCUUAUUCAUUUUCUCUAAUAUGGCAACCAUUAUAACCUCAAUUUAUUAUUAACAUACCCAAGAAGUACAUUGUUACCUCUAUAUACCAAAGCACAUUUUUAGAGUGCCAUUAACAAAUGUGUCACUAGCCCUCCAUUUUCCAGCAAGGAGGGCCUGAGAGAGGCAGAAAUAUUUGUGACAAAAAAUUAAAGCAUUUAGAAAACUUCUUUGCUCUCUUAUUUACACAGAUGCAUUAUACCUUUCAUGUAAAAUUAAAGUGAGGACCAGAUCAUACCAUAUUGUUUGCAAAAAUAAAAGGGACAACAUUGGUUGUUAAAAUACAAGCAUAUGUCAACCAAACAGCAUAUAUCAUAUGGGGCUACUCAUGCUCCAAACAUUUUAUUUUGAGUUGGCCAAGUACAUACACAUUAAACAGUCCUUUACUCGAGAUGCUGGCCCUACAUUUCCAUCCAUUUCAGAAUUCACCAGGGAGCUAAAGAUUCAGGAUGGCUCACUUGUCUUACUUUUGACAGCCCUGCUUCUCUAGUUUUCUCUUUCCCUCCCCCUUAGACUGCUAAUUAUCUUCUUCCCCUCACCAGUGACCCCCACAGCUCCGUGGUUCCUUUAGCCCAGAUGCCACAACCUACUGGCAUAAUCUUUUUCAGUUGGCCCACGGAGUAUAAUCUUAAAAUUUGGUUUCAUUGCCAGGCACUAAAAAUCAAGAGAUUUCACAUGUUUACAUUUCUAGGUUCCCUCUAAAAAUGGAAAGAUCUGGAAGUAAAGAACCCAUGUUCCCUCAUAGCAAUCAUUAUCUGAUACUGAGUAGUGGCUGUCCCCUUUCAGUGGGGUCUGCUCUUUCUGUUUCAGCACAGUCCCCAUGAGUCUCUAUUGCACACUCAUGCCAAAGUAAAGGUGUCCUUUCCUAUGAA